AUGUCUACCGACGGCCUUCCAACUCCAGAUGACAGGGCUCGCUACGAGACUCUGCGUGCUGAACUCCUCAAGUCCCUUGAGAAGAAGCGAACGGUCGACAAGCAGCUUGCAAAUAUAGAGCUGCAAAUCUACAAUCUAGAGUCGCAGUACUUGACCGAAACUGCUGCCCACAGUGGUGGCAACAUCAUCCAAGGCUUCGAAGGCUACCUCAAGAACCAAACCGUUACUCGUCGCAAAUACGAAGUCAGCGAACAAGAUCGGAUAUUCUCGAAUAGCAGCUCAACAUUGCAGAAGUCACUGGAACUCAUGGCAGAUGGCGACGAAUCUCUAAUGCCAGAUGAAUACGGGAAACAAUCUACCCCCGGGCUGACUACUGUAGUGGUUCCCCCUGCUCCGCGGACACAGGAGCUCACUCCUGCCCAAAGCAAGAAACUACGCGACAAAGAGUACCAACGCAAAAAGAGGGCCAGCGUUAGCCGUCGCAGCACCGGAACCAUAAGUGAUGAUGAGCAAAUCAGUGCGAGGAGACCAACGAAGCGUGCACGGCUAGCCGACGACGAUUGA